CUGCAUUUCCUCCUAAAGAAGAAAACUCUUAUACCUGAGAGGACACAUGGAGCUACACCCAGGAAGCUGGUCUUAAUUCAGGUUUUGCUGCUGAUGAACCGACUGACCUUGGAUAAGCCAUAAGAUCUUCAUGUAACUGGCUGAAAAAUGGUUUUGCAAGAUGACAGCACCAACUCUAAGACUGUUGGAAUGGAGACUAUCUUCACUUUGACAUGAAGUGUGAAGUUUGUUAGUCACCGCUUUUGUUUCCUUUUUACAGUUAUUGUGGAAGGUUCCAAAUGGUGUGGGUUUUUAUCAUGAACCGGAUGAGCUCCCAGAGCAGUUCAUCUGCUCAGCGCAGGCGAAUGGCUCUAGGAAUUGUCAUUCUCCUCCUUGUUGACGUGAUCUGGGUGGCCUCUUCAGAACUCACUUCUUAUGUUUUUACAAGGUACAACAAACCCUUUUUCAGUACAUUUGCAAAAACAUCCAUGUUUGUUCUAUACCUCUUGGGAUUUAUUGUUUGGAAGCCAUGGAGGCAACAGUGUACUCGUGGGUUUCGUGGAAGGCAUGCAGCUUUUUUUGCAGAUGCUGAAGGUUAUUUUGCUGCUUGUACAACAGAUACCACUGUGAACAGUUCUCUGAGUGAACCUUUAUAUGUUCCUGUAAAGUUUCAUGAUUUGCCAACUGAAAAAAAUGGCAGUAAUAGUAGUGAUGCAGAGAAAACACCCAAAAAGCCUCGUGUGAGGUUCAGUAACAUCAUGGAGAUCCGGCAGCUCCCAUCAAGCCAUGCUUUGGAGGCAAAGCUGUCCCGCAUGUCAUAUCCAACAGUGAAGGAGCAGGAAUCUAUCUUAAAAACUGUAGGAAAGCUCACUGCAAGCCAAGUAGCAAAAAUCAGCUUUUUCUUUUGCUUUGUGUGGUUCUUGGCAAAUUUCUCCUAUCAAGAAGCUCUGUCAGAUACCCAAGUUGCCAUAGUUAAUAUCUUGUCAUCAACCUCUGGACUUUUCACAUUAAUCUUAGCUGCAGUCUUUCCCAGUAACAGUGGAGAUCGGUUUACCCUGUCCAAAUUAUUAGCUGUUAUUUUAAGCAUUGGUGGUGUGGUGCUUGUUAACCUUUCUGGAUCUGAAAAAUCUGCUGGAAAAGAUACAAUAGGUUCCCUUUGGUCUCUUGUAGGAGCAAUGCUGUAUGCUGUCUACAUAGUCAUGAUAAAAAGGAAAGUAGAUAGAGAAGAUAAACUUGACAUACCAAUGUUCUUUGGUUUUGUAGGACUGUUUAAUCUGUUGCUGCUGUGGCCAGGGUUCUUCCUGCUUCACUAUACUGGGUUUGAAGCAUUUGAGUUUCCCAAUAAACUGAUAUGGAUGUGCAUUGUCAUAAAUGGCCUUAUUGGAACAGUUUUGUCAGAGUUCCUCUGGCUGUGGGGCUGCUUUCUUACCUCAUCACUGAUAGGCACACUUGCCCUAAGCCUUACAAUACCUCUGUCCAUAAUAGCUGACAUGUGCAUGCAAAAGGUGCAGUUUUCCUGGUUAUUUUUUGCAGGAGCAGUACCUGUAUUUUUUUCAUUUUUCAUUGCGACUCUCUUGUGUCACUAUAACAACUGGGAUCCAGUGAUGGUGGGAAUCAGAAGAAUUUUUGCCUUUAUUUGUAGAAAACAUCGAAUUCAGAGAAUGCCAGAAGAAAAUGAGCAGUGUGAAAGCCUCAUCCCUAUGCACAGCGUUUCACAGGAUGGAGACAGCUGCUGUUCAUAGACACAAGUUUAAAAAUGGAAUGAUGCCCAGCGAAGAGACAAUCUUCUGGAAAAGUCCCUAAGGAAUUGUGUGUCAGUGCCUAUUCUGAAUUUGUAGUAAAAAUAAGAAGUUUCAGUUCUUUUGAAACUCUAAACUUUUUCUUGCUUUCAUCUGAUUUUAUAAAUGAACAGAUUUACUACAUGCCUGUCACCAUAGGGAGUUUUAGCCCAUCUGAACAACCAACCUGCCUUAUAACACUUGAGCUGGUGACAUUACUUGACAAAAUCAAGAAAGCAAAUGCUGUUAAGUGAUUUCUUUCUUUUUUUAAGUCACAAUUUUGUUAAAUGCUGGACAAUAUUAUUUUUAAAAGAUACUUUGAAGUGAGUUAUGUAAAUAAGUUUGCAGGUCAUCAAGUCUUACAGGCUUUCAGAUGAAAAGCUAAAUAGAUAUGUUACCUGUAGUAGGUACAAAUUAAAUUUUUUAUGUUGUAUAAACUAUUUGCAUAUUAAUAGAUGAAAAUAGAAAAAAAUAAUUUAUUAAGUGCAUUCUUAUAAUUACUGAGGCAGGAUCUUUGUACGGUCCUGGAACACUACAUAUAUAAUGUCUUGGGCCAUUUUGAGUAGCCUUGUAAUGGCAAUGGGUGCUGAUGUUUAAAAAUCAAAAAAAUUGCUCAACAAUCAGGAAUGCUUAAAAUUUCAGUGAACGGUAAAGUAUUUCUAAUCACAAUACGUUUGGGUAUACAUUCUUUUACAUGUUUUAAAACAGACUGGUUCUGUAACUCAUUCUCAAUCCCAGUUGUCUCUCUGACAUGAAAAUUUUCAGUUGUAGCUGCCACACUGUGAAAGAGAUCAAAUUAAUUGUGAAAGUUUUCAGUCAGUGGAUUGGCACUGCACUGACCUGCUAAGCAAUAUGAAAAGGAGAGGUGUUUGCAUUGAUUUUUCUUUCCCCCCAGCUGUAUUAAUAAAUUCAUUCUAAAACUGAUAAUUAUCUUCCUUCCACUGCAGUGUUUUAUCCUUUUUAAUCCAGAGAAUCUAUUAUAAUUAUAUUCAGGAAUAUUUGAAAUUAGUUCCAUGCCAUGUUCCAGCUCCUGGCCUAUAAGACACUUAGAUCAAAGUUAAUUUUGGCUUUUAAUGGAUUUUAUUUUUUUAUAAUGAAUGUAAGAUGGAUUUUUUAGCCAGGAGUAUUUUCUUCCACAUAACAAGGUUAUUAAUAAUAUAGAGUAUUUCUACUGUCCCUCCACACAAAUACAGAAGGAUGACAAAGCAGAAAUGCCUAUUUGUGUUUUGGCACUCAGUAAUGAUCCUUCCAAAAGCAAUUUUGUCAUUUUGGUAAUAAAACUAUUAUUUGAGAGGGAAUGCAGGAAAGCAGCAUGCUUAAGAUUUACAUUUAUAGAAGAAUUCGAGCCAGCAACUGGAAUUUAAUAUAAGAACUGUGUGUAGAGAAGGAAGACAAAAUGAACCUGGGGCUAUUCUGUUCAAAUAUUUAAUCUUUAUCAAGUUUCUCCUUCCUGUUUUUAGUACUGGAUUGCGCUGCAAACUUGGUGAUCUGAGGCAUCUCUUUUAGAUGAGAUAGUAAGUCCUUCUUGGACACUAAAAUAAGAAUUAAAAAAACCCCAAACCAACCACAACAAAAUCACAAACCCAAAAGAGACAAGAAGGUCAAUUAAAUUUCACAGUUAAAUUUCCAAACCCCACAAGUAGAGGGGUUGAAAAUGCAGUAUGUUGCACUAGUUUCAUUUUGGUAGAAUUUUCAGUCAUUUUUUGAUCUGUGGCGUUUCCUUAGGUUUUGGUUUUGUCCUUCAAAAUUAUGACAAAUUUAGAGGAUGUUUGCUUUAACUUUUUUUCAAGAAGUAUUGUUAAUGCCUGCUCACAAGAAAGAAAAAAGUCUCUUUUCAGUUAAUGAAAUGUUUCAAUAAGAUCCUUCAGAAUAUUUGAUACCAGCCAUUAACUCCAAAUUUGAAUCAGCUGGGAUUUGGGGCAUCAGUGCUUUAAACCUGGGAAAACCGAGUUUGCUUUCAGAUGGGCAAUGACAGUAUUUGUAGCAAAAUUUUCUUUUACUGGUUUUUUGUUAUUGGUUGUGUGAACAGGAUUACAUCUGUAAUGUCAAAUACGCAGUUGCUAUUUGUAUUUGCCCUUAUGUUCAUGGCUUAAAGUCAAAGAUCAUCAUAGCCUCCCAUGUAUAUGACUGUUGAUUUGUACUAUUCAUUAGUUUGAGAGGUUAAGAAGUACUAAGAGAAUAUUUUUCUGUCUCUGACCCCAGAAAUGGUGAAGAACAUUCAGUAAACCCAAAGUCAGGGCUUUCCGAGUGUUUUUGUUUUUAACAAAAAUGUGCUAACUUUUUUUUUUAAUAAUAUAUGAAAUAUUUCUUAUCUCGUGGCACUAGGUAACUUAAGCUAUGUUUUUGCAUUAAAAUACAGUUCUUUAAAUAGCAGGAACAAAACAAACUGUUCUUGCUGAAAGGAUUUUUAAACAGUGGUGCCCCUGUAGUUACAAGAAAUGUGUUAACACUUUUAAUUCCAGAAGCUAUGACAUACAACAUUGUUCCUGCAUUUAAUAGAAUGUGAUGGAGUUUUUUCUACAAAACCUUGUGAUUUUUAGUACAAUGAUAUUUUAUAAAUAUAACGUCUGAUUUGAAAUGUAAAUUGCAUCACUCUCUAAUGGAUGUUUGGUAAAUGCACAAGAGAUUUAGCUUUGAUUCUCAGGUACCUCUGAUGCAAUGGAUGGAGAAGUGCUGGGUUUUUCUUCCCCCCAAGACACAACUGGAAUGUGAAAGAGCUCCCAUGAAUGCUUUACCUCUGUGUGGUAGCGUGUAUUGUCAUUGCUCUUACUGUUUCAAUUUGGGAAUGUCUUCAUUCUGACUUACUUCUUGUAGGAACCACUUACGCUUUAGAAAAAUAAUGUGUUUUGUCGAGCAUUUCUUUGACUGUCACUGGAUGGUGAAGGAACAGUGAUUUCCCAGGCCUGCAAAAUGGGAAAUGAAUACUGCGUGUUGCUCUGUCAAACAGUUGAACUAAUUCCUGUAAUCCUUCGAGGCAACCAGCAAUUUCUUCUGUGCGUGCAAUUGAGGUUUUAGGGCUGUUUGGCUUUUAUAUAUGAAGGAAAUUAUGAUAAUUUGCCAAAAGCUACAGAGCAUGCCUUUGCUUUUAGGGUUUUAGUGAGUCUUGCCUAGUUUGAUAAGCAGUCUGCUGCAGUUCAGAACAAAGGCAGAAAAGGAUUGCAGUUUCUCUGGCCACUUGGUGUUUGGUUUCAGUCGUGCUGAAAAUGCGUUCACUACAAGGGAGCACGUGCAGAUGUAAUGCUGGUUCAGCAAGGGAUGGAAAUACCACAUCUGUAGCAGUCUGGGGCACAUGAGGGCUCCUGAAGGCACUGAGGGCUUGCUCUUUGGCUUUCCAAUCUUCACUGCAUCCUGCUCCUCAGCUUCUGCCCUCUGGGAAUGCCUGUAGGGGCUGUGGGACAGGGCUGGUGUGGCUGGCCAUGGAGAGGGGCUGCAGGGGCUGCACACAGACUCAGCAGCUGGGGGCUGAGGCACAGCCUGGGUGUCCCUGUGGGGAUUUUUGUGGAAAGGGGAUUCUAAGCUGGGCUGUUGUUCAGCCAGGGGAGCUGCAGGUGAUUCUUGUUCUAUUCACAGCAGACCUCCUUGGAGUGUACUAGCAGAAACUGGAGAGCCUGCAAGUUGCUUUUCUUGGUGUGUGCUGCUGUGAUUGCCAUUCCUGUCACAGUACUCAUGCCUAGGUACCGCUGCUCACAGCUGUGAUGGCUUUAAAUAAGGUGGCAAAGCGAUUUCUUUGUAAUUCUUGGUUCCAUUUCUCUUAGUGUUGAAUGUUGUCUUUCUUAUUUCCUACUGAAAGAUCUUCCUCUCUUAGGGAAAUGAUGUUACUGAGCUGAACUGAGCUAUCAGAGGUCAGGGAAAACCAGUUAAAUUUUGGAGACAGGCCGAGUGUAUGGACACACUUUGAAUUUCGUAUGGAAAUAGGCCUCGGAAAGGCAGAGUGUAAAUGAAGUGAAGAACUGGCAUGCUCAAAAAUCAAGCAACAAACUGAUGUGACUAUCACAAUGUUGGGUCAUGUAGGUAACUGUGGGAUGGUACUUUGAAUCAGUUUCCUUUACUUGGGAUAAGUUUUGAGUUCGUUACCAUUUCUGUUGUGGCUGUCACGUGUAGUGCCUGCGAUUUAAUAGUUAUAACUCCAGUAACAUUUAUGUGAUUCAUAAACUGUUGUUAUGCAUUCUUUCCCUAUCUAAUCCACGAGUUCAUCAAUGUUGUAUUUUGUUUUACACGAUCAUUGCAGGGCAUGAUUUCUCAGGGAAAUAUGGAUGAUACCAUACAUUGUGAGAGCCGAUAACUAAUUCCUGCUUUUAAAAUCGCUACAAACAUUUCCAGGUUUCACUCAAACAUUUCACAUCAUGUAACUUCCAUGUCGAAUUUCCUUAGGCUUGUCAGGUAAAUCAUGAUGAGAAUGUUAAGAGCAUUUAAAGAUGUCAAUAAAAUUUACUCUGCCCAACA